AAUGAAGAUACAGAAUGGAAUGAUAUUUUAAGAGAUUUUGGCAUUCUUCCUCCAAAAGAAGAGCCCAAAGAUGAAAUUGAAGAAAUGGUUUUACGUUUACAGAAAGAAGCAAUGGUUAAACCAUAUGAAAAGAUGACUCUUGCAGAAUUGAAGGAAACGGAAGAUGAAUUUGAUGAUGAAGAUAUGAGAGCUAUUGAAAUAUAUAGGGAAAAGCGGUUACAGGAAUGGAAAGUUCUAAAGAAAAAACAAAAAUUUGGGGAAUUAAGAGAAAUUUCUGGAAAUCAAUAUGUGAAUGAAGUCACAAAUGCAGAAAAGGAUGUGUGGGUUAUAAUUCAUCUAUACAGAUCCAGCAUCCCAAUGUGUUUGUUGGUUAACCAGCAUCUUAGUCUCCUAGCAAGAAAGUUUCCUGAAACUAAAUUUGUUAAAGCGAUCGUGAAUAGCUGUAUUGAACACUACCAUGACAAUUGUUUACCAACCAUUUUUGUUUAUAAAAAUGGUCAGAUAGAAGGCAAAUUCAUUGGAAUUAUAGAAUGUGGAGGGAUAAAUCUCAAGCUCGAAGAACUUGAAUGGAAGCUAGCAGAAGUUGGAGCAAUACAGACUGAUUUGGAAGAAAACCCCAAAAGAGCCAUUGUAGAUGUGAUGGUAUCUUCAAUUAGAAACACUUCUAUUUAUGAUGACACUGAUAGCUCAAACAGUGAUAAUGAAGACACCAAAUAGAAUAUUUAAUAAAUAGCUUU